UUUUAUAUAUAUAUAAAUGUUUGAUCUCUUUUUUGUGAGUGACCAUCAGUUAUUUCAUUCUUGUGGUUACAGAUGAUAAUUCACGUGGUGAAUUUCUUGGUCCACUGUUUGUUGAAGACAAAGUAAGCGGCAACAGCUAUUACUACCCAAAAGGCAUUUAUUACGUUAUGGACUACUUCAAAACCAAAUACGGCGACCCUUUAAUCUAUGUCACCGAAAAUGGAUUUAGUACCCCCAGUUCAGAAAACCGUGAGCAAGCUAUUGCCGAUUACAAGCGAAUCGAUUAUCUAUGCAGCCAUCUAUGUUUUCUCCGCAAGGUCAUCAAGGAGAAGGGUGUCAACGUGAGAGGAUACUUUGCAUGGGCUCUUGGAGAUAAUUAUGAAUUCUGCAAAGGUUUCACCGUCAGAUUUGGACUCAGUUACGUUAAUUGGGAAGAUCUGGACGACAGAAACCUCAAAGAAUCUGGCAAAUGGUACCAGAGAUUCAUUAACAGGACUGUCAAGAAUUCUGCAAAACAAGAUUUCCUCCGCUCAAGCCUCUCUUCCCAGAGUCAGAAGAAGAGGCUCGCUGAUGCAUGAAACACUUUCCACCCUCAAGAUCAUCUCUAUAUCUCUCACUCUUCCUACUUACUCCAUAGAUAAGGAGCUUCUUCUAUCUACAAUGUACUAAAUAAACAAUCUCAAUAAAAAGAUGAUCAGUUAUUAAAUGAAUAAAAA